AUGUCCGAAUUCCAGUUCUCUCCCAUCUUCGAGUCACUGGUGGGGCCAAACACCACACUACCAGGUGUUCGGCAGUCUCUCGUCCCCUCGCCACACUCGCAGGCAGGAGUCAGAACCUCCGGGACUCCCCGUGUGAACAAGAAGUCCCUCCUAGCGAAGGGGAUGUUGAAGAGAGACUUGCAGGGGGUAACGGAGGAGGAGUUCGGUAGGUCGACUGGACUGUCGACAGUUGAAAGAGUUCGGUUCCGGAUCCCAACAAGGGAAGGUAUUACGAGGGCUACAGCCCUAAUUAGCCUGGCUAGCCAGGAGGAGGCAAAGAAGGGGUGUGAGGAAGGGGUCCUCUGGCAGGCUCAGCUAUUGGACUGCGAGCCAUACUGGGGAGCACUGCAGGUGACGCAGUGUUAUAAGUGCUGGAGAUGGGGGCAUACCCACCGGUUUUGCAAGGGAAAGGCUACCUGCCCGCGGUGUGCGGCAGGGGUACACGGGGAGGGCGGGAGGGCAGGGGAGGCCCAAUACCCUACCCUGGAAAAUAGGAUCCCACUUAGGUGUACGGCCUGUGGAGGGAGGCACCCGGCCUGGGUACGGUGGUGCCCGGAAGCAGUUAAAGCCCGGGGUGCGGCAAGGGAGGCAUACAUUUUCCGGCCGAGGACCUUUGAGCUGGCCCUUCAGAACAAACAGCAACGACAACAGCCACUACAACAGAUGCGGAAUAUUACCUCCCAGGGGGUCCAAGAUCCAAUGGAGGAAGCCGACGAUGGCUUCCAAGAAGCAGGAAAAAGGAAGCGGCUCCGGGGUCGACCCCCCAGCUUCGGUAUAGCCCAGGAGGGGGCAAGAAGAGACCCGAGGCAGGGAAAGCUAACCUUUGCGAUGCGGGUUAAUACAGCGCUGGCCGGCCAAGGCCAGGAGGGAGCUGCAACUCAGCCCAAAGGCCGCCCGAAGGGCAAAGCGCGAAAGGCUGCCCGGCAAAUGAAGACCCCCACUGGCCCAAAUGCAUCAUCGUCGGCGGUUCCCAGCUCUAAAUAUACGGUCGCGAUUAAAGACUUCGUUCCUCUCGCCGAGUGGAUCGCUUCACGACAGCCUUCGGUCGUGGUGCCCGCUACCUUCGACGCCACCAUCGAAAGGGUCAUCAGCAUCAGAUCCGCUGUUUCCAAGGAGAUUACCCAGCAAAGCAAGAAGCUUGAUAUCGCGUCGGACCGGGGUCAUAGUCACUUCAUCGGCAUUCUUGAACGAGUACGAGAGAUCCUCAAGCCGCACUUGGCCGCGGUGUCAACACCGAAGGAUGCCACAGUCAAGCCAAACGCGCCGGACCACCUGCCAAGCCGAUUUUCGGGUUUGACAGUUUACGAGCCCGCCGAAGAUAGAUCUACGGACUUGCCGAUCGAGAGGCCUCGGGCCGAGCCUACCGACAAUGUCGUAUAUGAGGCGGAAACUCAGACGUCACUUCAGGAUGCACUGGAUGCGUACGGCAUGAUGAUCAAUGAUCUUAACGAGAUUCGAGCGAGAAUUCGUUGGAUCUGGUCAAACUACAAGGAUGGCCACUUCGAUGCCUCCGCAGCUGCCAUUGGAACGAACACCGCCAUCGACCUUGCCAGGAACAUCAUCGACGAGGUUUCCCCCGUCUUCAGAGGCCAUUCCAUCUGGGACCUCGCUGAACUCUUCUAUGCGUCCGGCUGCCUGCACAAGGGGUUCACAAUUGCCCAGGCGCGCGACCAGUCGUCUUACGCCACCUACGAAGUUGCAGACGACCUUUUCAUGACCGUCUACAACCUUCUUCGCAGUCUGGCUGAUGUCCUUGACCCCUUGCAUCUCCCUCUCUUUAAGGACGGCAUGUUCGGCACCUACGAUCCCAUACGGAAUCGUAGUAAGAUGAAGGGAAAUCAAAAGUUCGUCGAGGAUCAGAUUCUUCUCUGUGAAAUAUUUUCAGAGCUUGUCACGGUCAACAGGAUGGUGGCCGGCUAUCCCGUCCAGGACGAGUUCACGCGCGGAAUCGCGGAAAUGGACAAGACCGGCACCAUCCCCUUCUCCCUUGUUUUUGCUGGCCAAGUUUUCCUGGACAUUCACCACGAGCUUCGAAGCGUGGCCACUCGUCCCUUCGAGGAGAUGAUGCGGCAGGUCGAUUUCAUGGGGAAGACAAUUGACGAGCAUCUGGAGUUCCACAAGGGUCUCCAGUUUGAGAACUGGCCUGAGGGCAACAAUCGAAUUCUGCAAGCCGUUCGAGAGACGAUGAAGCUGGUUGAGAAGGAUCCUCUCUACGAGAUCAAGGCCAAAUACUUUGCGAGAGCGGGUAUUCCAAUGCCGUCGACUACGUCACGAAACCGCAUUCUACGCUCGUCCCCAGUUCUCUCUGGCUUGAUGCUUUUCCACUUCCGGGCGCAGUUGUACCAGUUCGGCAUCGACGUCGCCAAUGCUUUCGGCUCGGCCGUGUACACGUGGCAACUCUACCAUGCAAUGCAGAAGGAGAAGUUCUUACUCCGCCAUUGGACUGAUAUGGACGUCGCGUACGCCAUGCUGGGGGAGCCCAACUUCCACAUCGGCGACGCCGGAAGAAACACCGAAGAGUAUAUCAAAAAGUUCUGUCUCCAAAUGGGCGUCUCGGCCGCUGUGUUUGCGAACCCGGGCCGACGUCGCCAGAAGAUCAACCCAGAGUCUCGCGCCGGCCCUCGGGGGAUCAAGGAAGCGGCUCCUAUUUCCCGCAUGUUCGUCAGUCGGUAUGUAGAGGGCGGUCAACAAUUUGACUGGACACCCGAGCUUCUGGAUCAAACCGUGUCCGCAAGCAAUUUUGAGAGCCAUGGCUCGGUCGUCGAUGGAACUCUCACGAUGGCACUCAAGGACGCCCGCCAACGCGCCAAGAAGCAGAUGAAGCCGUCUCAAGGAGGCCAGCUGGAUCCCUCGUCGCUGAUCGAGUCUCUUGUCCUCGCACUACAGGCCGAGGCCGUCGAAGUCGCGUUUCCCUAUCUUGCGCUGCACAAGACAUGCUGGCAGCUUCUGCGCGACGUCAACCAGCGGUGCAGUACCCUCCUGAUUGAGAAGUUUACACCGGCCUAUCUGGAACGCGAGACUCAAUUGCCAUGGGUGGUGGGAUAUAUCUUUUGGGCCGCUAACGGAUUCAGCGACGAUGAUAGUCCCGUGAUAGUGCGGGAUAUGAGGCUUCUCCAGACUGCGGCGAAGUGUUUUGAUGAGCUGCUGGAGAGAAACAAGGAUCGUCUCCUUCAGUUGAUGCGGUAUGUGAUGGGAAUCCAGGUGGUGGUUCAGGCUGAGGAUGAGGAUGAUGAGGACCUAGACCGAGAAGAGCAGGAAAACCUCUAG